AUGGGUUACUCUGGGAGUCUCGCUCAGCCUUCAGACGCCAAUGAUCUACCUAACGUAUCUGGACUUUCGGACGAUUACGAACACCCGCAAAUCUCUGAGCACCGGCUUGACCCAAGUCUUGCCAUCAGGGCGGUUGACUCAAGUCAUGUAUUCGGAGCGCCGGAAAACGAUGGCAUUAGUCCCGGCCUCCUUACUAAAGUCGACCACGAAAGGCAUACCGGCAUUUUCAGUCAACCGCAGCUAGCAGAUGAGGAAAACGUUAGACCUGCGAAUUUGUCCAGCGCGUGGACGCCAGACUUAUACAUGUCAACUGGACUCAUACAACAUGAUGAUCAAAGCAGCAAUGAACCACCAUAUCAACACAUGCGUAUGCUUGGUCAUGGCGGAAGCGCAAGCGUGGAGCAAGUCCUCGAUCUCACCACGGGCUCGGUGUUUGCGCGGAAAAUCAUCAGAAACGUCUAUGCUCGUAAUAUCGACAAGGCGAAACGGGAGCUCCUGAACGAAGUCCGGAUCAUGCAACGUCUGGCUUCCCAUCAUCAUAUCGUCAACGUGCACGCUGCUUUUGUCAAUAAAAGAGAGCUCACUAUGAUACUCGAACCGGUUGCAGAUGGCGGAGAUCUGGCCGGCUAUCUACAAAACUACCGUGACCAAGGCUUCCGCCUGCGGGGCGAGGUGAACAAGAAGAAUGUAUACCAGAAUCUCACCCUGCGAAGAGCUUUCGGCUGCUUAUCGUCGGCAUUGGACUUUAUUCAUGGUCAGACCAUCCGACACAAAGACAUCAAGCCCCAAAAUAUACUGAUCCACCAAGGAAAGGUCAUGUAUACCGAUUUCGGACUCUCGUAUGACUACGGGGAUAUUGGCCAAAGCACAACCACUGGCAAUCCGCAGGGUAUUACCAAAAGGUACUGUGCACCAGAAGUGGCUGAGUGGGAGAGGAGAAACACAAAGUCAGACGUGUUUUCCCUUGGUUGUGUAUUCAUCGAAAUCCUACUAGCGUUGGCGAACGAUACCUACUACGACGAUAUAUAUGGACCGGCUUUCCAAGAAGCCGUACAGUCCUACAAAGAUGCCAUACCCCUACCAUGGAUUAUCUUCGAAGAUGACGAUUGUCGACGGCUCAACGACGUCGUUCGAAAGAUGAUGCGGAUUGAACCUACAGCGAGGCCUUCGGCCUACGAAGUCGCUUAUACGAUCAUCAAAAGCUUUUCUAGUUCCAAUUAUUGUUCAAUAUGUGACAUUGCAUUCAGGCAGAAAUGGGAAGGCUGGUCUCAAGUACGGUCAUAG